CCCCUGCUGAGGGAGAUGGCUGGGGGGGUGAGGUCCACCUCCACGGAGACACUCAGCCCUCACACCUCCACCCCUCCCACCCACCCCCUUCCUCCCCACUGGACUCAUCCCUCACCCGGGCACUAUAAAAACUCUCCUGUUGCUGGAGUUGUUCAGUCUCGUUGCCAACUCCACCAGACCACCACCAUGAAAUUUGUGGCUCUCACGCUCGCCCUCCUGCUGGCCGUCGGCUCCCAGGCCGCCUCCCUGCAGGCCGAUGCACCAUCCCAGCUGGAGCAUGCGCGUGUUGUUAUGGAUUUAUAUCUGACUCAAGUGAAGGAAAGUGCCAAAAAAGCGCUGGACCAGCUUGAUGACACCGAGUACAAGACCCUCAAGGAAUCCAUGUCUCUGCGCCUGGAUGACCUGCACGCACAGAUCAAGGUUCUGCAGGGUGCCGUGUCCCCCGUCACUGACAGCGUUGUCAGCACCAUCGUCGAUGCCACCGCUGAUUUCCAGGCCUCUGUCAUUAAUGAUAUCAACACCCUGAAGGCUGAACUAGAGCCCAAGCGCCUGGAACUGAAGGAAGUCCUCGAAAAUCACAUCGCCGACUACCGUCUCCAGUUGGAACCCAUCAUCAAAGAGUACUUCGAAAAGCACACAACUGAAAUGGAGGCACUGAAGAUCAGGCUGGAGCCCAUUGUGGAGCAGAUGCGCGCCAAGGUGGCAACCAACGUGGAAGAGACCAAGGCCGUCCUGAUGCCCAUGGUGGAAUCUGUGCGCUCAAAGCUCACUGAACGCCUGGACAGCCUGAGGCAGAUCGUCAGCCCUUACGUCGAUGAAUACAAGGAGCAGCUGAAGAAGGCCUACGGCCAGGCACAGUCCAUCAGCCCCGAGGACAUCCAGGCCCUGAAGGACAAGGUCACACCCAUGGCUGAGGAUAUCAAGGUUCAGCUCACCUCUAUCUUCGAGGCCGUAUCAGCUCUCUUCAACAAGAGCUAAAUUCUCGCCGUCCUGUUCCUGUAACUAACCUCACCUCCCUGCCUGUCCCAAGAUCCAUUCCGCCUCUCUCUCUCUCCGUUCCUUCUUUCUUCACACAGAUCCCCCACCCCAAAAUGAAGCCAGUGCCUAACCAAUGCACUUCACUGCAACUAAAUGGCAGGACUCUUGCUCUCUCUCUCCCCCAAGCAAACACCUCACUUCAUGCACACAAGCCAAGACGCACACAGACACACACACACCCAUGCUUUGCUCUUCACAUGCCGAGGCCAGCUGCUUACCUAUUGUGUAGGAAUUGCACGUGAAUGAUCACAAAUGCCUGAACCUCUGUGUAACGAUGCUUGUUUGAUGAAAACUGUGCUCUGACGUGAUACAGCUCAAUAAACAUCUGACUCUUUAUACUA